GUCUAGCAAAAAGCCGAGAAGAGAAGCAGAAUUGGAACCCUUGAAUUCCGCCAAGACUUAAUCCUAAAGGGAGUUUCCUUCUUGUAGCUGACGUGUUAAGGUAGCCUUAAAAUACAGAGCAGGAUUUUUCAAGCUGAACCUUGCUCGUUUUCCUUGAGUAUCUGCUCCACAACUCUCUAACUCAGAAUAUUUUAAUUGAAAUGGAGUGAAGUGCAUGUAUGCACCAAUCCAUAGUUUGGCUUGAUCCUUAUGCCAAAUCUUUCCUUUCCCCACCUUUAGCGCCUGACUGGAAUGGGACUUCCUAUAGCCUUGAUUUAAUAUAUAUAUAUAUAUAUAUAUAUAUAUAUAUAUAUAUAUAUAUUUCCCUUCCUCUAGAGGUCUUAACCGGUUUUUCUAGCCCAGCCUUCGAAUAGCAGCAGGGCUAGGAUGAGUCACUGUUUGGAAAUGGAGUGGGCGUGUGUGUGAAUGUAAGAGAAUGAAUGAUGUCAGGCGAGGCUGUGGUAGACAGGGGAAGGGAGGGGACAAGCAAAGAGCAUGAAACUGGCUGUAAACACAGCGGCGGCUCCAGAAGCAGCAACGGCAUACCAGUCCAGCCUGCCAGCCGUUAGUCUCUGUCUCCCAGGAGCCGCCCUCACGUAGAGGAAAUAUCUCCAGCUGUUGCACUACCGAGGUAACGGUGCAUACGGCAUUCGCCUGAAGAGGUGUGAGUCAAAGAGAGAAGAAGAAUAGCUGCCUGCAAGGGAAACGGAAACUUUCUUCUAACUGUUUCUCCUUGCGGCUCCUAGCCCAGUGGUGGGAGUGCCUCUGUUUCUGGCCAGAGGACCUGCGAAUGCCAAAGAGCUUGGAGGCUAUAAAGGAGGCUUCUCUACCGAUUGCUGGAAGGCAGAGCUAUCGUUGAAGCUGUUUUUCUCUCCACAUAAAUAGAGAAUGUAUUCAUGACACCUGGAGGAAAAACCUGCGAGACUCUUUCCAUAGAACUGAAGCUAUAACUGAAUGAGAAAGUGGAACCCAAAGUUUCUGCAUGUUUUGUUAAAAGACCAAAAUUGGCUGGAAGUACAGGAGGCAGACUUUAAAAAGAAGCAGAAGAUCAUUUUUGAAAUCAUUCAGGAAUUUAUUAGUUUUGCCACACGUGCUAGGCCUGAUGGAUACCAUAGAGACAGCAAAACUUGAAGAGAACAUGGAAGGCCAGAACAAUGAAACUGCAAAUGGUUAUGCUCAACCUGCACUCACUGUCAGUGAGGAGAGCAAGAAUGGCAGCAGCAAACCAAAGAGUUUGUCCAAUGGCUUGCGAAAAGGUUCUAAGAAGUAUCCAGACUAUAUACAGAUUUCUAUGCCCGCCGAAUCUAGAAACAAAUUCCCUUUAGAAUGGUGGAAAACAGGCAUUGCUUUUGUGUAUGCUGUUUUCAACUUAAUUUUGACGACUGUCAUGAUCACAGUGGUACAUGAGAGGGUGCCUCCCAAGGAGCUCAGUCCUCCAUUGCCAGAUAAGUUUUUUGAUUAUAUUGAUCGUGUGGAAUGGGCUUUUUCUGUAUCAGAAAUAAAUGGAAUUAUACUAGUUGGAUUAUGGAUAAUGCAGUGGCUGUUUCUCAGAUACAAAUCAAUAGUGGGACGAAGGUUCUUUUUUAUACUGGGAACUUUGUACCUCUACCGCUGCAUUACCAUGUAUGUCACUACCUUACCUGUGCCUGGAAUGCAUUUUCAGUGUGCUCCAAAGCUUAAUGGAGAUUCUCAAGCCAAGGUUCAGCGGAUCCUGAGACUAAUUUCAGGUGGUGGACUGUCUAUAACAGGCUCACACAUCUUAUGCGGAGAUUUCCUGUUCAGUGGUCACACUGUAGUGCUAACGAUCACAUACCUAUUUAUAAAGGAAUAUUCACCUCGCCACUUUUGGUGGUAUCACUUGAUCUGCUGGUGUAUGAGCAUUGCUGGAAUAAUCUGCAUCUUAGUAGGACAUGAACAUUACACUGUAGAUGUCAUCAUUGCUUAUUAUAUCACCACAAGGCUCUUCUGGUGGUACCAUUCAAUGGCUAAUGAAAAGAACUUGAAAAUCUCAUCACAGACGAACUUUCUGUCUCGAGCAUGGUGGUAUCCAAUAUUCAAUUUUUUUGAAAAGAAUAUACAAGGCUCAGUACCUUGCUGUUUCUCAUGGCCAAUAUCUUGGCCCCCUAGCUGUUUCAAGUCUUCAUGCAAAAAAUAUUCCCGGGUUCAGAAAACAGGAGAGGACAAUGAAAAAUCCACCUGAAGAAAAUGAAGACAAGAAAAUGGAUCAUUCUUUACCUUUCCCAAAACAUUUGUGCUAUAACCAAAGCUCUUAAGGUGACUAGAUUGUUAACUGAAGAAGUGGACCAAACUUUGUGAAACUGAUCUGACAAAAGACAAUUGUAGACACACACACAAAAAUUAUUACCCCUUGGUAUGUUUUUCUAGUCAUAUUGUACAAUUCCAUCCCACUCUUCAGUGUUAGUAGGCACUGGCACUCAGUGGCGCUCUGGUGCCAACAGAACACUUCCUGAGGAGAAGAGGAGCCGGGACUUUGGUUUCUUAAUGAGAUUAAGAGGUGCCAAAGAACACAUCACACCAUCUGUUGUUAAAUAUCACUCAUCCCACAGAAGCACCGAAACAAAAUAUCUGCUUCAUACUCGUAGAGUUUGAAGAGCAAAACCAUAGUAAAUGAUAAAAGGCACAUUACUGGUCUUUCUAGCUGUACGCAGAGAGUAACUUGGCAGGCAGUGGUUUUAUUAUUCUCACUAGUGAAGGCAAGACUUGUUACACAUGACUGGUGAAACCAGAAGUGAGCCUUGAUCUUUUUAUAAUCUUUUAUGGGAAUGAAUAUAUACGACCCUGUAAUGCCACCUCAGAUUCCAUAUACUCUGUCUACCCUCUAUCGAUUUUUACAUUUUUUUAAAUAAGUGGUAAUUUUAUAUAUCUCUCUAUAUAUGAAAAUAAAACUUAUUUUACCUGAUGAUACUGUUAAUUAGAAAUAAUGUCUAACGUCAUCGGGGGUUCUACAACAGGAAAAAUUAUUUAUUGUUAAAAUACAUAUAUGUAAGGCAAGAGAAUUAUUUAAAUUUCUGCUGGUCAGUUAGCCUGCAAUGAAUGUGUGGUGCAUGUGCAUAACACAUUUUGAGUAUGUACACUUUACAGUGCAUGCUCAAAAUGUGGAGGCUCUGCAAUAGCAAGAGAAUGUUGACAAUCUUUCAGACCAUGACUGAAAAUACAGGUAGACCAAUGGAUGUGAAUAGUGGCUUAAUGGCCGUUGUCGGCAUUCAUAGAUGUAAAUUGAUAAUUUUGAAUGUUCAUAAGAUUCCUGUAGGAUUGUUAACAUUCCUUUGAUUGUUCCUAUAAUAUACAUGUACAUGACCAUGCAUUUAUGCACGCAUAGCAAAUCAUAUAUGAACAAAUGAACCAUUUAAAUGCUCUGGGAGACAAAAGGUCCACUGAUCCUUCAUUCACUCGUUUUGGUCUUGUGUAAAAGGAUUUUUUGAAGGCUUAAAAAGAAAUGUUAUAAUAUGCAGAAUUUAUAGAACAUGGGACCUGAGAGCCAGAUGUGAUGCAUUUACAGAUGAACAUCACUUUGUUUUUCCUUGGUGUGAAUUUCAGUUGUUGCCCCAAGGUUAUUCACUGCAAUAGGUGUGUUUGUUUCACUAUUAUCUAACACGAUAUUUAUUAUUAAAUGGUCAUGUGGCCAGUCUGCUACCUUCUUGUUUUCAGGAUUUUUUUGGUUCGACAAAGUAUGCCUGUAUAAUAUGAACUGUAUAUGUAGAAACACCCAAUCUAUUAAGCUGAUGUUUAGGAAAGCUAACAUGGCCCACUUGUUUUUGUUGUUGUUGUUGUACAGGAAUCAAACAGUGUCAUUAGUAUUACAAUAUCUAGCAUUUAAAUAUGCUGUAUUUUUCCUUGUUGCCAAUUGCUUUUUAAAAAAACAAAGAACACUGUAAACGUAACAACUAGAGAAAUAACUAUUGAAUUUGCUUAGGUCUAAUCAGUUACUAUAAAAAUAAUGCUUUGAAGAUUAUCAUUAAUGAAAUAAUGAGAUAAUUGGAUUAGAAAAUUUGUUCUAACUUAAAAUUCAGUAUGUAGAUGUGGAUCCUUCUUCCAUUCACAGAUCAGACUGCUAAGCUAAUUCUCAUUUUCAGAAGCUCACUUUGGCAACAGCAAAUCCUUUUGCAAAUAAUGCAUCCUGAUAACAAAAGAUAGCUAAGUAUGUUAAUUCAGCCAGAUGCCUUACUGUUACAGGUUACUUUUCUUCGCUAGAAAUAUUUAACAUACUCAUUUGCUCUCAGGCCAGUUACAUGGACAUGCACAGUGUUUUUUGGGUUAAUAACUAACCAGGCCUUUUAGUAAACAAUUAAGUGUAGCUGCUGAUAAAACAACAUAUUAAGAAUUAAAACUCAAGGCUAAAAGCAAGCUUACUUGUGCUUCAUCUCCAUUGGAGACAGUGGCCAUGGUCCUGAGAAAUAUGGGGGAAAUAUGUAGCAGGACUCAUUAUUAUUUAAAUGUAUUAGACAGUUUUUUGACAGAAGUGAACCCAAAGUGACUUACAAUCAAAAGAUUGAAACAAAUAUACACAAGGCCUCAUGGCAGUCAUAGAGGUCAUAUAUAUAUAUAUAUAUUUAAAAAGCACAUCUCACUUCUACACAGGCACCAUCUGUGGUUAAAAACUUGGAAACAUUCCAAAACAUCAGCCAUCCCAAAUCAGAUUUCAGGCAGCUUCAAAUGUGGCAAAGUGUAUAGAGCAGAAAUGACUGGUGUAUAAAUAUAGCAGUAUUCAGUCUGGGUAGAUGUGUGCAUGUGUUUGCACAUUAACAAUUUACACCUGGCUUGCCUGCAACUUUGCCUGUAACAAAGUGUUUCUCGUAGGCAUUUUAUCACAUUUAAAGCAACUCAAGCUGGACUCAUACUUGGUUAUUUCAAAAACAAGUAGCCAUAUAGGCUGUAGACUUCUGUUUGGAGGGAAAGUCCUCUUGUGUAUUCGGUUCAGUCCAAAUUUAAAGGUACAUGUGCAGAAACAGCCUCUCUCAAGUCGUCAGCCUGCUGUCUAAACUUUAAAAAGUUAAGAGAUUUGACACAAAAGCGCUGAGAGAGACCACCUAGAUUUGAGAGUUAUCAUCCAUGACUGACACAUACACGACUUGUUGGACUGUAGCAAACAAGUGUGGUUCAGAGAAAGUUGGGCUGUUUGUGUCCCAUUUGAAAUCUGUGUAACUGAAAUCACAAUUUUGUGCUUUUAAAAUGAUGUUGAUUUUCAAAGGGACUUAAGCAUGUUUGACUGACUGUAAAUUGCUUUCAACCCUAAAGCACGAGCAUAUGGUAUUCAAAUAGUAUAUUUUAAUUAAUUGACCAGUAUAUUUAUGAAGAGAGAGAAGAAUAAACUUGCUUAGCUGGACAACUAUUUCAAGAUGAAUAGUAUGAAAUUUAAGCUUGUUGGUUUCUCAUGUCUCUUGUUAUGGAUGAGAAAUAACAAAAUUUCAAAAUAAAUGAAUCCAUCUACUUAGAUGGCAGGUAAAAUGUGACAGAUCGGAAGAUAAUUGUUAGCAAAGGAACUCCCAGUAUGCAAGUGCUCUAUUUGAAAACAGCUUCAGGAUUAGCCACCUGACAAAUAGGAAAAUAGUAAUUGUGUAACAUUAAAAAUUAUAUAGUUGCUGUU